AUGGGCACCAAGGUCAGGAGACCCUCCCAUGCUGGCUCUUGGUACACCGACAAUCCUAAGCAGCUUUCAGAGGAACUUGAAGGGUGGUUACAAUCGUGUGGUUUGGCCAAGUCUCCUGAGGUGCGGGGAGUGAUAGCACCACAUGCUGGUUAUUCGUAUUCAGGAAGAGCUGCUGCUUAUGCCUUUGGAAACAUUGAUCCAUCAAGCAUUACGCGCGUGUUCCUUCUUGGUCCUUCUCAUCACUAUUACACUCCAAAGUGUGCACUUUCAACUGCAACUGUCUACAAGACACCCAUAGGUGACCUGCCUAUUGAUUUCGAAGUAAUUGAGGAGCUUAAAGCUACAGGGAAAUUUGAACUGAUGGAUAUUCGUGUUGAUGAAGCUGAACAUAGCAUGGAAAUGCACUUGCCAUAUCUUGCUAAAGUAUUUGAAGGGCACCAGGUGAAAAUUGUGCCCAUUUUAGUCGGUGCUGUUAGUGCUGAAAAUGAAGCUAUAUAUGGACAGAUCCUUGCCAAAUAUGUAGAUAAUCCUAAUAACUUCUUCUCUAUCUCAUCAGACUUUUGUCACUGGGGAUCUCGAUUCAAUUACAUGCACUAUGACAAGAAGCACGGGCCUAUAUACAAAUCUAUUGAGGCCCUAGACAAGAUGGGUAUGGAUAUCAUAGAAACAGGAGAUCCAGAUUCAUUCAAACAAUAUCUGCUGGAGUAUGACAAUACAAUAUGUGGAAGACAUCCAAUUAGUGUUUUUCUUCAUAUGCUGAAGAACAGCUCAACAAAGAUAAAAAUAAAAUUUCUUCGCUAUGAGCAGUCUAGCCAGUGCAAAAGUACCAGGGAUAGUAGUGUUAGUUAUGCAUCUGCGGCAGCAAAAACUGAUGAUUCGAGCUCUAGUUGA